CGGCCGAUUCUCCUUGUUCUCUGCUCUCUUCGAUCUUUCUCAGUUCAUGCGAACUUGCCUAUCCUCAAUAUUUAGCCAUGGAAAUCGGAUCUGCAAGCGGUGUCAUGGCCGGUUUUUUCACUCAAGGGCGACGGUGGCUCAAUGCCUUGCGUGUGAAGUUCAAAGCUAAGGUGGCUGAUACGGCUAGGAACAUAAAGAAGGUUGGACAAGAUGAUCCGAGAAGAGUUAUUCAUUCACUAAAAGUAGGGCUUGCACUUGCAUUGGUAUCAAUAUUCUACUACUACCAGCCACUCUACAGUAAUUUUGGCGUCACUGCAAUGUGGGCUAUUAUGACUGUUGUAGUUGUCUUUGAAUUCUCUGUCGGGGCUACUCUUGGAAAAGGACUGAACAGAGGAAUGGCAACACUACUGGCUAGUGCACUCGGCGUUGGAGCACAUCACCUAGCAAACCUAUCUGGACAUGUAGGAGAACCCAUACUACUUGGCUCCCUAGUCUUUCUACAAGCUGCAAUAUCAACAUUCUUACGGUUCUUUCCAAAAAUUAAAGCAAGAUAUGAUUAUGGGCUGCUAAUAUUCAUAUUGACCUUCUCUUUGAUAUCGAUAUCGGGCUUUCGAGACGAUGAAAUAUUAGAGUUAGCACAUAAAAGAGUAUUAACCAUCUUCGUAGGUGGCUGUGCUUGUGUCAUCAUUUCUAUUGUGGUUUUCCCUGUGUGGGCUGGUGAAGAUCUUCACAAUCUGAUUGCUCUCAACAUCGAAAAGCUUGGUAACUUCUUGGAAGGAUUUGGUGAUGAAUACUUCAAAAGAACAGGGGAUGCAGGGUCUAAAGACGACAAGAAAUAUCUGGAAGGAUACAAGAGUGUUUUGAAUUCAAAAACCGGUGAAGAAUCCUUGGCUAAUUUUGCUGCAUGGGAGCCAGGGCAUGGUAGGUUCCAAUUUCGGCAUCCUUGGAAACAGUACCUAAAAGUUGGAACUCUGGCUCGUGAAUGUGCCUACAGAAUUGAAGCAUUGAAUGGAUACUUAAAUGCCGACAUCCAGGCAUCAUCAGAAGUUAGAAGCAGAAUUCAGGAAGCAUGCACAAACAUGAGCAUAGAAUCUGGAAAAGCACUGAAGGAACUGUCAUUAACAAUAAAAAAAAUGGUACAGCCAUCUUCUGCAGAUUCCCAUAUAGAAAAUGCAAAAUCUGCCGCCAAAAACCUGAAAUCUUUACUCAAUUCAGGCCUAUGGGAAGACACUGACCUGCUGAAAGUUAUACCAGGGAUUACAGUGGCUUCAAUCCUUAAUGAAGUGGUCAAAUGCACUGAAAACAUUGCUGAAUCCGUCCAUGAACUCGCUUCCAAAGCUCAAUUUAAGAGUGUAGAACGUACUGUAUCACCAGAAAAGUUGCAUUCAGGACAGCCACAGAAUAUAAAAUCAGCUCAGAUGGUCAAUUGCUCCCAUGUUGUCGUCAGUGUUAAAGAAUCAACCAUGGCUGCUUCACCAAGUGAGAUUUCUUCUGCACCAAAGGGUAUCAAGCACAAUAUGGAAGUGUAAAUAUAUGUUACUAAUUUAUAUAUUAUGUAUACAUGAUAUCCCAAGUGAGUUUUAUAUGAAAUUGGGUGUUAUUAAAAAAAAUAAAAAAAAUCUAACUGUAAUAAGAAAUAUAUGUGACAGGAAUAUCCUGAAACAUGCAUUUCAAUUUGUAUCA